AUGCCACAACAGCAGCACAAGACCCAUCAGCAUGAUCAGCAGCAGCAGCAGCAGCAGCAGGAUCAGCCACAGCAGCAGCAGCAGCAGCAGCAGCAAGAACAGCAGCAGGAAGUAUAUGCAGGAGGGCAUGCAGAUCGUAUACGUAUAAGUAGAGACAAAAAAAUAUUUAUAAAGGAGACAAAUAAAGAGGAGACACAUUUCUAUCUAUGGCUGCAUGCGCUUGCUGCUUGCUGCAGCAGCAGCAAAUGCAGCAGCAGCAGCAACUGCAGCAGCAGUACUGCAGCAAAUGCAGCAACAAAUCAUGAGGUAGAGGGAGGAGGAGAUGCAGCAUCAGCAGCAACAACAGCAGCUGCUGCAGCAACACAGGGGGGUAUUUCUUAUAAAAAAAAAGAGACAAUUAAUUAUAUUAAUAAAUAUAUUUAUAAAUAUAUACAUAAAUACACAAUAAAAGAGGAGACAGCAAGAGAGGAGACAGAUAAGGAGACAGAUAAGGAGACAAUAAAGGAGACAGAUAAGGAGACAAUAAAGGAGACAGAUAAGGAGACAGAUAAGGAGACAGAUAAGGAGACAAUAAAGGAGACAGAUAAGGAGACAGAUAAGGAGACAGAUAAGGGGACAGAUAAGGAGACAAUAAGGGAGGAGACAGCAAGAGAGGAGACAACAAGAGAGGAGACAGAUAAGGAGACAGAUAAGGAGACAGAUAAGGAGACAAUAAAAGAGGAGACAGAUAAGGAGACAGAUAAGGAGACAGAUAAGGAGACAAUAAAAGAGGAGACAAUAAAAGAAGAGACAGAUAAGGAGACAAUAAAAGAGGGGACAGAUAAGGAGACAGAUAAGGAGACAAUAAAGGAGGAGACAAUAAGAGGGGAGACAAUAAGAGAGGAGACAGAUAAGGAGACAGAUAAGGAGACAAUAAAAGAGGAGACAGAUAAGGAGACAACAAGAGAGGAGACAAUAAGGGAGGAGACAGAUAAAGAGACAGAUAAGGAGACAGAUAAGGAGACAGAUAAGGAGACAAUAAAGGAGGAGACAAUAAGAGAGGAGACAAUAAGAGAGGAGACAAUAAGAGAGGAGACAGAUAAGGAGACAGGUAGGGAGACAAUAAAGGAGACAGAUAAGGAGACAAUAAAGGAGGAGACAGAUAAGGAGACAAUAAAGGAGGAGACAAGAAAGGAGACAAAAAAGGAGACAAAAAAGGAGAGAAUAAAUAUAUAUCUUAGUAAUCUUGUUGGUGAAUUAGAAGGAGAGACAGUUAUAGAUAUUAAGAUAGGGACACGGUUAUAUGGAGACAAGGCGAGCAGCAGCAAGAGGGAGAAGGCAGAGAGGGAAGCAAAGAUAAGAGGAGCAGCAACAUUAGGUGUCUCCUUAUCUGGCUUCUUUACUAGACAAAGGAGACAGCAGCAGCAGCAGCAGCAGCCGCAGCAACAGCAGCAGCAACAGCAGCAGCAGCAGCAGCAGCAGCCGCAGCAACAGCAGCAGCAACAGCAGCAGCAGAGAGUGGUCCAUUGGGGCCCCUGUACCCUAUCUAGGGGGCCCCCUAAUAUAGCGGCACUAAGGAAUACAAUGCAAGGGGCCCCUCGUGAAGACGUACAUGAAGGAGGAGACGAGGCGGCCCCUGGAGGGGCCCCUGAAGAGGCCCCUGAGGAGGCCACUGGGGCCCCGUCAAUAGGGAGAUUGUGUGGGGCCCCUGGGGGCCCCCCUCUUGAAGACGUACUAGAAAGAAGAGAAGAAGAGGCCCCUGGGGGCCCCUCUGUAGGGAAAUUGUUAGGGGCCCCUGAUGGUCCCUUAGUUGACGAGUUACAAGAAGUAGGAG